AUGCCGUCCCUCAAGCCCAUCCUCUGCGUCUCCCCCCUCGCCCGCUGCCCGCCCUCCGCGUCCUCCCACUUUGGCGACGCCGCCUCGCCCACCACCUCCCCGCUCCAGGCCCCGCCUCCCACCGAGGUCGUCCCCCGCCUCUACAUCGGCGACCUCGCCGCGGCCGAGUCCCCCGAGACCCUCGCCGCCCUCAAGAUCACCCACGUCCUGAGCGUCAUGCCCGGCCACGUCGCGCUCCCGCCCCCCUCCGCGCUCCCGCACCUGCGCGCGCGCGGCCAGCCCGCGCUCGAGCGCAUGCAGCUCCCGCUCACGGACACGCCCUUCGCCGAGCUCGCCGCCGCGCUCCCGCACACGACCGCGUUCCUCGCCGCCGCGCUCGCCGCGCCGCACGCGCGCGUGCUCGUCCACUGCGUCCAGGGCAUCUCGCGCUCCGCCUCCGUCGUCGCCGCCUACCUCGUCGCCUCCGCCGGCUGCGCGCCCGGCACCGCCGUCCGCGCCGUCCAGGCCGCCCGCCCGUGCGCGCAGCCGAACCCGGGCUUCCUCGCGCAGCUGGACGAUGAGACGGCAGGCUGUCCGCGGCAGCACGCAUCAUAUGCGGCGUGCUUCAGGUCGGACCGGGUUCAGAUGGAAUCAUGCUGA